AUGAAUCGAUCGACCUCUCGAAUUAGUCUCAGUUACAUAGCCGCCCAAGCCACGAUGUCAGUUUGGACCAGCUCAGUGUUUUUUCUGUUAGUCCUCUUUCUGAUGAGAGUAAACCCCUCGACAGCGCCCGGGGAGUGUGGAGGUGUUUCUACAAAGGUGUUAGACUUCUUGGCCACAUUCAGUGGGAGAUAUUCCAACUGUAAACAGAAGGCAGAGGGACACUAUGAAUACGACUUGGUGCAAUCUAAAAUAAUACCUUUAGAAUUACCUUCGCUUAGUCAGGAGCCUUUCUUGUAUCUGGAGCAAGCAACAAAUGGCCGGGUUAACAUUCUAGCACUCGUGACAGUAACUGAAGAUAAGGAUGGCAUUUUAUUCAUGACGCCACACAUCUUCACUAACGGCACACAAUUCAAAUUCGAAGAAUACAAGAUUGAGUCUCUUUCAUCCCUGAAACCCGGCGAUAUCCAGACUUAUGAAGCAUGUAAAGCAGCUGUCCAACCACUUGAAAAUGGUGACUAUCUGAUUAACUUUCCGGACUGCAGUACCAACAUUAAAGGGCACAACCCAUCCUAUUCAAUUGUGACCAGUUGUGAAGUAGCUUACAUCAUAAUGCCAGCUGGCGGUCCUAUCAAGCCAGUCCCAGUUCCCUACAGGAUGCAGCGUUUUGGAAGCAGGUUUCCAGUGCCAGGUGCUGACAGUGAUUACGUUAACCCUUGCAAGAGAAAAUGA